AUGGCUACUAAUCAUUCUACCCUCAACACUCACUGUGUUACGGUUCAGUUGCUACAAGUUCCUCUACGCAGUCCCCGAGACACAUCCUCCCGGCCAUGGUGGACCCACUUGAUUACCAGCCUCCAAGGCGUUGACGGUAUCACGAAGGUGGUAUGGGCUUCACAGCACGAAGAUGAGAAAAUUCAAGGUAUAGUCAUCUGUUGGGAUUCACGCAGUGCACAGAAAACGUGGGCAGACUCAGUGGAACACACAACUUGGAUGAGUGAUAUCAAAUCGCUUGCUACCGGGCCUCUAUGCGAGGACAUUGUUUUUCUUGACGAAUCCGUCAAUAAGGUACUGGGUGCCCAGGUGGUUGAGAUUGUGUCAUGGAUCCACCCAACCAGCCAGAUAGACGGAGAGAAGAUACGCCUUCUAGAGGAUGGCUUCUUGAAAUUUCAAAAAGCUAUCAGUAAUGAGACCUCUGGGGUCGAUGGGGGUCUCGUUGCUGGUUUAGGACAAAUCGAAUUUGUUCAUCAAGGAGUGCGCUGUCAUCGCUUCACCUCCUUGAUUGGGUGGAAAAGUGUUCAAACGCACUAUGACUGCAAGGCUACUCCAGCAUUCAUGGAAAAUAUCCAGUGGUUGACGGAUCAAAACGAGAGGGACAUGGAGAUGGUUCACUAUUCAUUCGGCGGGUCAUCUUAA